AUGUUUAUCACAAAGGCAUUAAUAAAGAUUGUUUUCAAGCUUAUCUCUAAUAAUUACUCGGAUAACGAUGGUGGAAAUGAUCAAGAUGAUGAUUGUGAUGGCCCCCAUGCUAAUGCUCCUCGAGUGGGUAAUCGUGAUGGUCCCCUAGUGGCUAAGAAUGAAAGUACAAGAAAUUAUCAUGAUGGUCCCGCAGAUGAUGAUUAUGAUGAUUAUGAUCCCAAAGAAAGUGAUCCCCAUGGUAAUGGGAAUGAUGAUACCCCAGACGACAAUCACCGAGAUAGUGAUAUCCAAGAGGGAGAUGAUGAUAAUGAUGAUGAACUACCCCUAGAGGGUGAUGGCGAAGAUGACUCCAGAGAAGACGAUUGUAAUGACAAAUACGAAGACAACCCUCUAGGUGUCAUGAAUGAUCAACAAGUGACAAGCCACACAACCAAAGAAGUGACCAACUACACGUCAACGAUCAUAUUAAUGGGCGUAUUAAAAAAGAUCAAAGGUUUCCAAAACGAUGAAGAUACUUCACCGUAUGACCUCAACCCCCAGCCGGCCCACCCCCGUCAUCUACCACCUAUGAACCCUCACGACGGUCUUGGAUCUCGAUCUUGUGCGGCUGAGUGA